AUGGAUCAAUCAGUUCUAUCUAUCUAUCUAUCUAUCUAUCUAUCUAUCUAUCUAUCUAUCUAUCUCAGUCUGUUCAUUUCUAUCUAUCUAUCUAUCUAUCUAUCUAUCUAUAUCUAUAUAGCUCUUUUCAUUUCUAUCUAUCAUUAUUCCUAUCUAUAUAUGUCUUCAUUUCUAUCUAUCUAUCUAUCUAUCUAUCUAUCUAUCUAUAUCGAUAUUUCUAUCUAUCAGUCUAUUUAUAGCUCUUUUAUUUCUAUCUAUCUAUUCCUAUCUAUCAUCAUCUAUAUCUAUCUAUCUAUCUGUUCAGUCUGUUCAUUUCUAUCUAUCUAUCUAUCUAUCUAUCUAUCUCAUCUAUCUAUCAUAUCUAUCUAUCUAUCUAUCUAUAGCUCUUUUCAUUUCUGUUUUUCAUUUCUAUCUUCAUUAUCUAUCUAUAUAUCGAUAUGUCUCUUCAUUUCUAUCUAUCUAUAUAUCGAUAUCAGUCUAUGUUUAUAUCUGUUUAUCUAUCUAUCUAUCUAUCUAUCUAUCUAUAUAGCUCUUUUCAUUUCUAUCUAUCGUUAUUCCUAUCUGUCUUCAUUUCUAUCUAUCUAUAUAUCGAUAUCAGUCUGUUUAUAUCUAUCUAUCUAUCUAUCUAUCUAUCUAUCUAUCUAUCUAUCUCAGUCUGUUCAUUUCUAUCUAUCUAUCUAUCUAUCUAUCUAUCUAUCUAUCUAUCUAUAUAGCUCUUUUCAUUUCUAUCUAUCGUUAUUCCUAUCUGUCUUCAUUUCUAUCUAUCUAUAUAUCGAUAUCAGUCUGUUUAUAUCUAUCUAUCUAUCUAUCUAUCUAUCUAUCUAUAUAGCUCUUUUCAUUUCUAUCUAUCGUUAUUCCUAUCUGUCUUCAUUUCUAUCUAUCUAUAUAUCGAUAUCAGUCUGUUUAUAUCUAUCUAUCUAUCUAUCUAUCUAUCUAUCUAUCUAUCUAUCACUGUCUGUUCUUUCUUUGUUUAUUUCUAUCUAUCUAUCACUGUCUGUUCUUUCUUUCUAUCUAUCUAUCUCUGUUGGUUCAUAUCUAAAUAUCUAUGUACCUAUCACUAAAUGGAGUAUAAGAUUUUCUAUUAUAACAAUGACAUAA